AGAAAAGUGGCCACACGGUGUGCCAACCCGUCCAAGCAGUCGCUUACAUCUCAGAUCCGCCGCCGCGCAGGGAGCACAGCAAGACGCGUUUUCCAAGUCCUGUCCACUCCACUUGGUGACGUGCGGAGCGGUGCACGGACAGGCCACUUACCCGACCAGCACACGGCCGCUACCAGUGCACAGUGUUUUUCCUUUUUGCUGUAAAAUGCAACAGCAGUCUUUGCGGGAUAAAGACAGCAUUCAUACAUAAGCAGCGUCGUAGCGAAACAAGGACAAACACCGGGGGACAGGAGCAGCGAGCUGCCGGGGAGGUGUAGACGGCAAUACUCAAAAGAUCUAAUUUGUCUGUGAUGAGCAUCCCCAUCCACCAGAGACCAAAGGUACGGCCUGCCACCGUUGUUCCCUCUGAGAGGAAGAGGAAGUGAUGUCACGCCACCACCACCGCUUUGAGCGGGACUACCGGGGACCCUGGGAGCGGAGAGACAUCCGUCCUUCUGGCCUCCACAAUGGAGGAGCCAAUCAUAGCUGUGCCUCUGCCGUUGUCAAUGGCAACAACCGUCCGGGGCUCCUUCCCCUUCCAGUCAUCCCCUCCCUCCUCCCCACCCCAGUUACAGUUGCCGUGACAACAUCGAGCAGCGACAUAGCGGUCAAGCGAGGCAUCACGGCAGCAGGAUCAGUGGCUUCGGCAUCAGCCAAGGUCUCCGGUCUGUCUCCUGGAGACAGCCAGACCCCAGGACUGCUGCUGGCUCCAGGGGUGAGGUGGGGACAGACGCCCAUCAACCAGCUCACACCAUGGGAUACAGAUGAACCCCCUGCCAAGCAACAUCGAGACAGCGAGCCCAGCGGUCCAACCUGGGCUGCACCAGUAGCAGCGGUGAGCCAGCCCAGCCUCCUGCCCCACACCUACGCCCUCCCCCAGCCGCCCUCCUACAGCCACAGCGUGACUGCGCAGUCACCCAUCAUAGGAGUAACCCCAUCCAUCCAGACACCAGUACCCCCGCAACACCCUCUCAUGACCGCCCACUUCCAGCUGACGCCACAGUCGACCCAGCAGCCGCCCUCGAUGGUGCUGAGCAUGCCCAGCCAGCCUCCGUACCCCUCCGCUCAGCCCACGGUUCCACCGUCCGCCCUCACUGCCCAAGCCAACCAGGUGGUUCAUCCAAAUCCUCACAACGUGAUGGGAAAUGGCCACUUAACCUCUCACCCCGGCCUCUUACAGCCCCCCGCCCUGCCUCUGACCAAUGGACAGGCGGCAGCAGCAGUGCAGGCUCAGCCCACAGCUGCAGACAAUCAGGAUGGUCCUAACGGGCUGCAAAUGCUACGGACAGUUGGGAUGGGGAAGUACGAGUUCAGUGACCCAGGACAUCCUAAAGAGAUGUUGAAGGAGUUGAACCAACAGCGCAGAGCGAAAGAGUUUACAGACCUGAAAAUUAUUGUUGAAGGCAAAGAGUUUGAAGUCCACCAAAAUGUUCUAGCUUCCUGCAGCUUGUAUUUCAAGGACCUGGUGAAAAGGUCAUCGGGGGAGACGAGGAGUGGGGAGGUGCUGGAGCUGAACAUGAGCAACAUCAGUGCCGACGUGCUGGAGCUCCUGCUCGAGUUCGUCUACACGGGUUCGCUGGUCAUCGACUCGGCCAACGCCAAGACACUGCUGGAGGCCGCCAACAAGUUCCAGUUCAACACCUUCUGUAAAGUCUGUGUCUCCUUCCUAGAGAAACAGUUGACUGCAGCAAACUGUCUGGGAGUGCUGGCUAUGGCUGAAGCCAUGAGUUGCACGGAGCUCCACAACAUGGCCAAAGCUUUUGCACUGCAGAACUUCCCCGAGGUGGCAGGACAGGAAGAGAUUUUGAGUGUGUCCAAGGAGGAUCUGGUGGCCUAUCUAUCCAAUGACAGUCUGAACACCAAGGCUGAGGAGCUGGUCUAUGAGACGGUCAUCAAAUGGAUCAAACAAGACCCCAACUCCAGAGUGCAGAAUUUGUCAGAACUGUUGGCGGUGGUGCGUCUUCCCUUCAUCCACCCGUCCUACCUGCUGAACGUGGUGGACAACGAGGAGCUGAUCAAAUCGUCGGAGGCGUGUCGCGACCUGGUCAACGAGUCCAAGCGCUAUCACAUGCUGCCCCACGCACGGCAAGAGAUGCAGACGCCCAGGACUCGGCCGAGGCUCUCUGCUGGUGUAGCAGAGGUGAUAGUUCUGGUGGGAGGGCGUCAGGCGAUUGGGAUGAACCAGCGCUCCCUCACAGCAGUCACCUGUUUUAACCCUCAGAACAGUAAGUGGUACCCGCUGGCCAGCCUGCCCUUCUACGACCGCGAGUUCUUCAGUGUCAUCUCGGCGGGAGACAACAUCUACCUGUCAGGUGGCACAGAGUCUGGUGUGAUGGUGGCUGAUGUAUGGUGCUACAUGUCCCUGCUGGACAACUGGAAUCUGGUGUCCCGGAUGACCGUGGCUCGCUGCAGACACAAUAGCCUAGUAUACGACGGCAAACUCUACACCAUCGGAGGACUGGGCGUAUCAGGGAACCUGGACCACGUGGAGAGGUACGACACUAUCACCAACCAGUGGGAGACGGUUUCUCCUCUUCCUAAGCCGGUCCAUUCUGCGGCAGCCACGGUGUGCGGAGGGAAGGUCUACGUGUUCGGAGGUGUGAACGAAGCCGGGCGCUCGGCGGGUGUCCUCCAGUCCUAUGUACCGCAGAGCAACACCUGGAGCUUCAUUGAAUCACCCAUGAUAGAUAACAAAUACGCCCCUGCAGUGAGUCUCAACGGUUUUAUAUUCAUCCUGGGAGGAGCCUACGCUCGAGCCACCACUAUCUACGACCCAGACAAAGGCAACAUCAAGGCUGGUCCCAACAUGAAUCACUCUCGGCAGUUCUGCAGCGCUGUGAUCCUGGAUGGGAAGAUCUAUGCGACAGGAGGCAUCGUGAGCAGCGAGGGUCCAGCCCUCAGCAACAUGGAGACCUUCGACCCUUGCACCAACACUUGGACGCUCCUGCAGUCGCUGCCCUGCCCGCUCUUCAGACACGGCUGUGUGGUCAUCAAGAAGUACAUUCAGAGCGGCUGAGGGUGGCUCGGACAUGAUCACACUGGGUAGAGGCCAAACACCAGCUGAGCUCGGUUGUGGGUCGAUGUGCGACGGCAGCUUAGGGCUGGGCCGGUCGGUCAGUGACCUCUGGACUUGAUGCCAGCAUCCAUCCACCCUGUUACCUGUCCCACCCCCCAAAAAGCCCUGUGCAGAAUGUACUCAUGUUCAACUACUCAGCCAUGUCAGGUGACGAUGCCUAACCUCCAGUACUGUAUGUGUCAUGGUAGUAGUUCAUCUUCUCAUCCAACAGGCACAGGGACCCUCUUAGUAAAUUACAAACUCUUUGGUUUUCAUCAUUGUAUAAGUUCUGUCCAUAUCUCUGUAACCUCACCACCUCUCUAUUUCUUUACUAUACUGACUCAGCGCAGUGAAAGCCAUUGCAGGUUGAGAUUUUUGUCCCUUUUUGAGAAUUAUGUUUGACAGGUAUAGGUUUCAUUCAUUAGAGAGCAGUUUCUUUGUGGUGUAUGGACAAUUUUUAGUAGUGACAUCUACAGGACAGGAGGAAAAGUGAAGGAAAGAAAUCCACUUACUGUUUUCCUCUUUAUCAGUGGAUUUGACGAGUUUCUUCUCUCUCCACCUUAUCAGGAAGUGAUAUUCCUACUGUGAGUGUGGAUUUAUGGGGUAAUUUUGAACUGUGUGUAACCCGGUUCUUUUAAUGACUUGCUAAACGUAGGAAAAACCAUAAAAUCUGGGUCAGGUAGGGUUUAAAAAUAUAGAAAAUCAUUUUUUCUUGGUUCUUGUGCAAUUCCAGCUUGAUUGAGAUAUCAUCUGGAGGGUGAGUGGCCUGUUUUUUUUCCCCCUUGAUUCAUACUGUCUUGCUCUCCGGAACAAAGACAGCACUACAUUUAGAGAGAGAGAGAGGGAAUUCUUCCUACCGUUGACAUCUGUUCAGAUAUUCAAGUUGGGACAGUUCCUCCGGAAAAAAGCACAAUGACCACCUGUGACUGUUAUCAUAAAAGUUAUCCGUUGAUCCAUGUUUUAGGUCUUUCAUCAGUUUCCCCCACCUUUGUUUUAUACAAUGUAUUUCAUUGCAACCCAAAAAUGAUGGGUUGGUAUUCUGUAAAUACAGGAAGGAAAUAUGUAUAUUUUACUGAAGGCAAUUCUGUAUAAAUGUUUUUAGGAAAAAAAAACUGAUAGGUUGAAUUCAAAAUGGUAUGUCUGUAAAUCUGUACCCAAAAUGGAGAAAUUAACAGUUAUUAUUGAAACCUAAUACAUAUACCAGAACAUGAA